CCCCCUCCUACCUCCACCUCCCUAUUGCGAGCUUCCGCCCCGGGCCACCCGUGGCCGUGCCCUGCGCCCCCGCUGCCCCCGUUGGCACGGCUGCACCCCGGUCCCCAGAGAACCGGUGGGGACGAGGCCGUGCCCGAGGGAGGCAGCGAGGCUGAGCAGCGUGGCCAGGAGCCUGGUGCGGGUUUGGGUACUGGGGAAACGCAGCGGGGACGCGGGAGGCCUCAGCCUGGGAGCGGUGGCGGUGGAGGGGCUGUCCCCUGGUUUCCAGCCCAGUGUCACGGGCACCGUCCACCCUUUGUCCCUCAACGUGCGAGCGGAGGUCCUGCGGCCGUCUGGAGGAAGCCAGGGACGAGGAACGGCGCCGUGGGGGCCACCCGGAGCUCUGCGCGUUGUGUCGGGGGUCUCCUGUCCCCUCUCUGCCACCAGCUGCCAUGAGAAGACCCCCGGCACUCGGCUGCUGCCGUGCCACCCCCGUGCCGUGCCCGGGGCGCUGUGGCCGUGGUGCCGGGCUGGCCCUCGCCCUCCUGGCCCUGCUGCUGCUGCUCCUGGCCACGCAGCGCAGGCUGGGGCUCGAGCUCUCCAGGACCCCCACCCGCCUGCAGGCACCCAGACCCCCUACGACAGAGGCCCCGGAGCUGGUGACACGGUCACCACACCUCACCCCUGCCCCCAGCCUGCCACCAAACCUCGGGGACACUUACGGGCGGGAUGAGACCUCCCGCAGCUCGGAGUGUCCCAGCAGCAUCAGGAAGAGGAUUACGGGCACCGAAUUUGGGGCUGCCUUCCUGGCCACCGUGCCGGUGCUGCAGUGGGCGCAGCACCUGCGGGAGGACGAGUACCGGCGGCUCCGCAGAUACGGGGGGGCUCACGGCUGGAAGGACGUCAGCUGGGACGUGCUGAAGACGUCCCUGUCCCUCCUCAACACGUCGGCCAGCGGGCUCCUGGUGGACAGCGGGCAGGCAGCGGCCCCCUGCGUGCGCUGCGCCGUGGUGGGCAACGGCGGCAUCCUCAACGGGUCCCGUGUGGGGGCUGCCAUCGACGCCCACCACCUCGUCUUCAGGGUGAACGGGGCCAUCACGGCGGGCUUCGAGGGGGACGUUGGCAACAGGACGUCCUUCUACGUCUUCUCCACCAACACCUUGGUGAACGCGCUCGGCAGCUACGCCGCGGAUGGCUUCAAGCACCCGCCCCGGAGUCCGGAGACUCGCUACGUCUUCCUCCCGGACCACGACCGCGACUACCUGCUGCUGCGGGCGGCCCUGACCCACCAGCGCGUGGACAGGGGCCGGGACAAGGGGGUCUGGCCCCAGGAUUUUUUCGGUGAGGACCUCCGUGCUGACAAGUUCAGGAUGCUCCACCCGGAUUUCAUCCGCUACCUCCGGAACCGCUUUCUCCGCUCUGACAUCUUGGCCACGCCGCUCUGGCAACUCUACCGGCCCUCCACCGGCGCCGUGAUGCUCCUGGCUGCCAUCCACACCUGCGAUGAGGUGAGCGCCUUUGGGUUCAUGACGCCAGGCUACCGGGCGUACUCGGACCACUACUUUGACCGCGGGCACAAGGAGGUGCAGUUCUACGUCAACCACGACCUGAAGCUGGAGAUGAGGCUGUGGCAGCGGCUGCAGCGCAGCGGGCUCCUGCGCCUCUACACCGGCACGGAGGGGACGUGAUGCCCGCGGCCACCGGGAGCCGGGAGCGCUGCUGGGACCUGAGUGAGGAUCUGAGAUGCUGGAGGAGGAGGAAAGCAUCCUCUGCCCUGUGCGGGCUCCAAGAGAGCUCCUGGGGCAGGGCUGGGCUCAAGCAAGGCGUGCGAUGAGCUGCUGGGGCUGCACUGCUGCCUGGGGCUGGGGAUCGGGGGGUUCCCGGGGGGGCUGUGCCAUGCCUCUGCCCCAAAUAAGGAUUUGCAGCAUCCCCUGCAGAGCCCCGGGUCCUUUUUGCUGCCACUCAGUGGGGAAGGCAGCCCCAAUCCCCGUCCUGUGGCCAUGGGUGGGCUCCCAUGCCCGGUCCCCUUGGUGCCCCUCGUGCCCACCCCGUGCCCGCAGCCCUCCCCAGUGGGCUCAGCCCCCAGCCCUGCCCCUCCCCGGCAUCUCGGAGCCUGGUUUCUAGGCCAGUGCCCGGUUCAGGCAUGAAUAAACCGGUGGCGUUGCAUAACCAGGGAUGCAGAUUUUCACCGGAUGGCUGCUUGCGCCCCGCUGCUGCACGGCCCCCCCCCCUCCCCGUGCCAGGGGUCCCCGGGAGCAGGGCCAGGGCUGCCGGCUGCGUGGCACGAGCCCUGUCCCCGUCCCCAUCCCCGUCCUCGUCCCUGCCAGGCAGACUGAGCGAGGCUGUCACCGGCUCUGCCAAAGCUCCCCAAUUAAGGAGCCUCCCCCCCCCCAGCUCCCCGCCGUGGAUUAGCCGGGAUCAGUGGAGCCCGUUCGUUAGCUGCAAACGAGCCGAGCGGCUCGGUGGGGAAGGAGGUCAGGAGGGCUGGGUGCUUUUGGCAGCCACCGCGCAGAGAUCGCGGCUCAAGCUGGUGUCUGCCCGGGCAGGGAUUAGCCCUGGCCCCAGACAAAUCAGCCUGGGGGGGGCUGGAGUAAACGGGCAGGAUGCGCGCGGGGUAAUCUCCCCUGCUAAUUGGGGUGUGCUGCUUGGCCGGGGGGGGGACGCUGCUUGGGGUGCUGGGGGGCUCUGCACCAUGCCUGUUGCUGGCACAGCCCCACGGCACGGAGCUUGGAGGGGGGCAGGUGCCGCGGGGGUGAUGCCCGGGGGGAUCCUUAACGGGGCUUCUGGCCUCCGUUUGGCAUCUUCCCCAUGGUGGUGGCAGAAAGCUGCAAGGAAAUGAGGGGGGGGGACAGGACGCUGGGCAUGGAGGGGCCCAGGCCUGUGCUGGGGUUGGGAAGGGCUCAGCCUGGGCCUGGGGAUCUGGGAGCCCAGAGCCUCACAGAGGAGUGCGGGGCAGAGCUGCCUGGCUGGGCAGGCCCCGUGCACCAUCCUGUGCGCAUCCCAUCCCCAAUUCCCAUCCCAUCCCAUCAUGUCCCCACUUCCCAUCCCAUCCCAUCCCCAAUUCCCACCCCAUCCUCACUUCGUCCCUUGGGGAUGGAUGCAGGGCACCGAGCACGGUGUCUGGGUCACUUCAUCCCCUUCCUCUCACCAAGGCAUUCGGGGACGUGUCCGGGUGCCCGGCACAGCCCGGUGGGUGCCCAGCACGGGUGCCUGCACAGGCGCCCACCCCCAGUUGGGUUGAGCCUUGCUGGGACUCAGCUGGAGCCAGCUCAGCAGCACGAGGAGCAGGACACAGCCACAGCAUCCCUGUGGCACCGGCAGCAUGGCAACGGGUCCAGCUCCUGCCACCCCAGUGCAUCCCAGUGCCUCGAACCCAACGUCUCCAUCUCCAACCAGUGAGCCCAGUGCUGCUCCUGUGGCUGUGCAGCAGAGCUGGUGCUGGCACGGCACGAGUGACAGCGAGGCCACCACCUCAUGCCCAGGGGACGGUGGCACGGGGAGGGGGCAACGGGUCCAGCCUGGGGUGCCAGAGCAGAUGAAGCCCCCAGGGAUGUGUAGAUGCCACCGCAGCUUCGAGAGCACCCAAAUGUCACCCAAGGGUGCCUGGCACAACACAGGGGUUGCUUGGCCGAUUUGAGGACCAGGCAGGGUGGAUGGGGGACACGGGGGUGUCCCCAAGCUGCACCGAGGCAGCGCGUUGGGACAUGGCCUGUGCAGAACCAGGGAGAGCAAAGCCCCCGGGGGGGCUGCUGGGCAGUGGGGGGGUCACAGGGAUGCUGGUGCCAUGAAAGCAAAGCGAGUUGGGGGGGGACUGCCCCCUGCCCCGCUGUGCAGAUCGGGUCAGAGCUGCUCCGGAGCAGCGAGCGCGGAGGCUGGGGCGCAGCGAGCUGGCUCCAGCUGACGGAGGAAUGUUUAUUCGCCGAGCAGCCUGUAAUUUUUCCAGCCCUGUAUCUAUUUGCGGCAACGUGACAUGUGCAGCGUGGUGUUCUGU